AUUGAGGUCUCAUUUUCAACUUUGCAACCUUUCGUAUGGAAAGAGAAAUUCCAAAAAAUGGCGACACAAUGAGCACGGAAUGGCGACACCGUAACGCCAUUCUAUCCCGCCUCGCCUGGAAUCCCGGGGCGGCCACGGCCAGACCGACCCUCUCCCCCGCCACGCACCGCGCCUAUGCUCUCCUGCGCCCUUCGCUUUCGCCUCUCCCCCUCCUUAUUUAUACUCCCCUCCGCCCUCGUUUCCCGGCGCCCUGUGCUAUUUACAUUAACCCCCUUCCCACCGUUGCCGUUUCCCAAACCUCUCUCCCGUUCUUCUCGCUUCCCUCUUAACUCAGCCUUCGCCAUGGGCUCCCUCUCCGCCCUACUCGAACCCCUGUACUACCCCGCCGCCCGGAGAGACCCCUCCGUCAUCGACGACUACCACGGCGUUCGAAUCGCCGACCCUUACCGAUGGUUGGAAGAUCCAGACGCCGACGAGGUGAAGGAUUUCGUGGAGAAGCAGGUGAGCUUGGCGGAGUCGGUGCUCGGGAAGUGCGAGACGAGGGACAAGCUUCGCGAGACGAUUACCUCCCUCUUCGAUCACCCUCGGUACCAGCCGCCGUUCAAGCAGGGGGAUAAGUACUUUUACUUCCACAACACCGGUCUCCAGGCGCAGAGUGUUCUCUACGUACAGGAUAGUUUGGAGGGAGAGGCUGAGGUUCUGCUUGAUCCGAAUGGGCUUAGUGAGGAUGGUACGGUCUCUCUGAAUACUUAUGCUGCGAGCGAAGAUGCAAAGUACUUGGCGUACGGGCUGAGUUCGAGUGGCAGCGAUUGGGUCACCAUUAAAGUAAUGCGGGUGGAGGAUAAGAGGGUGGAGCCCGAUACGCUCUCAUGGGUUAAAUUUUCUGGUAUUAGUUGGACCCAUGAUGGCAAAGGAUUCUUCUAUAGCCGCUACCCUACUCCCAAAGAAGGGGAAAAUUUGGAUGCUGGAACCGAAACCCAUGCUAGUCUUCAUAAUGAAUUGUACUAUCAUUUUCUGGGCACUGAUCAGUCUGAAGAUGUUUUAUGCUGGAAAGAUCCUGACAACCCUAAGCACAUGUUUAGUGCAGAAGUCAUGGAAGAUGGGAAGUAUGUUCUGCUAUAUAUUAGUGAAAGCUGUGAAGAAGUCAACAAGGUUUUCUACUGUGACAUCUCUCUGAUUCCUAAUGGGCUUGACAGUUUCAGAGAGAGGAAAGGCCUGCUUCCCUUUAAUAAACUUAUUGAUGAGUUUGAUGCACGAUAUGUAGCCAUUGCGAAUGAUGGUACUUCAUUUACGUUUCUUACUAACAAGGACGCUCCAAGGUAUAAGUUGGUCCGUGUAGAUCUGAAGGAGCCAAACUCUUGGACUGAUCUUCUCCAAGAAGCUGAGAGAGAUGUGCUCGAAUCAGCUUGUGCUGUUAGCAAUAACCAACUUCUUGUUAGUUACUUGAGUGAUGUGAAGUAUGUUCUGCAGAUAAGGGACUUGAAAACAGGUUCCUUAUUGCAUAAUUUACCCAUAGACAUUGGCACAGUCUAUUCCAUUUCAGCAAGGCGCAAAGACACUGUGUUUUUCUUUGGGUUUACUAGCUUCCUAACUCCUGGGAUUAUCUAUCAUUGUAACUUAGAAACUGAAGUUCCUGAUAUGAAGAUAUUCAGAGAAAUUGUUGUUCCUAGAUUUAAUCGCACAGAGUUCCAAGUUAAUCAGGUAUUUGUGCCUAGCAAGGAUGGUACAAAAAUUCCAAUGUUCAUAGUGGCCAAGAAGAAUAUACUUUUGAAUGGAUCACACCCGUGUCUAUUAUAUGGGUAUGGUGGAUUUAACAUCAGUCUUACGCCAUCCUUUAGUGUCAGUCGUAUUGUACUUAGUAGGCAUCUAGGAGCUGUCUUCUGCAUAGCAAACCUACGUGGUGGUGGAGAAUAUGGACAAGAAUGGCAUAAGGCUGGUUCACUUGCAAAAAAGCAGAAUUGCUUUGAUGACUUUAUUUCAGCUGCAGAAUAUCUUGUAUCUACUGGUUAUACCCAGUCUAAAAAGUUGUGCAUUGAAGGGGGAAGCAAUGGUGGACUUCUUGUUGGGGUGUGCAUAAAUCAGCGUCCUGAUCUUUUUGGUUGUGCUCUGGCUCAUGUUGGUGUAAUGGACAUGUUGAGGUUUCACAAGUUCACCAUAGGUCAUGCAUGGACUUCUGAUUAUGGUUGUUCGGACAAUGAAGAAGAGUUCCAUUGGCUAAUCAAGUACUCACCACUACACAAUGUUCGAAGACCGUGGGAACAACCGUGGGAACAGACUCCUGAUCAACCCUGCCAAUAUCCGCCUACCAUGUUAUUAACUGCUGAUCAUGAUGACCGGGUUGUGCCAUUGCACUCUUUGAAGUUUUUGGCUACCCUGCAAUAUGUGCUGUGUACGAGCUUGGAGAAUAGCCCUCAAACCAAUCCAAUCAUUGGUCGCAUCGAACGCAAGGCUGGACAUGGAGCUGGACGUCCAACACAGAAAAUGAUUGAUGAAGCUGCAGACAGGUAUAGCUUCAUGGCCAAGAUGUUGGGUGCUGCCUGGAUUGGCUAAAAGGAGCUGAGGAGAGGCUGGAAAUUAUACUAACGCUCUCAACCAUAAUGAGAAUUAUAGCUUUUGGUGUAUUUGUAUUGCAAUGUAAUGGGAUGCUUGUCCACAAAUAAUGUGAAAAUUCUAGGUCAAUCACAGAAUCUGAUAUUAAUUAUAGCUUUUGGUGUACUUGUAUUGCAAUGUAAUGGGAUGCUUGUCCACAAAUAAUGUGAAAAUUCUAGGUCAAUCACA